GAUAUUAAAGUAAUAUUUAUGUAAAAAAUGGAAUGUAUGAUAUAGUAAUCCCUUUUUGCGAGAAGCAAAGGAACAGGACUCUAGAACCCCCACCCCUACAAUACCACCUUCAAAUCGGCGUAUUGCAGAACAAAUCUGCAAAAUCUGUCUUCAGAACUAGGGUUCCGUUUUUUCGCCGGAAAACAGAGGCUUCGAUGGAAGAAGUAAUGUCGGCGUCGGAGCAAGAGAUUUUAGUAUCAUCUUUCCUCGAAAUCGCCGUCGGUCAGACCGCCGAUACUGCCCGAAAAUUCCUCCAGGCAACAAGCUGGAAGCUUGAGGAAGCAAUUCAGCUUUUCUACAUUGGAAAUGAGGGCGGGGCCGCAGCAUCUUUUAACUCUCCACAAUUGGGAAAUGAUGACCUUCUUGGUGAUCCGAGCUUGAGUGGAGCUGUGAAAGAUUCGACAGACAACAACUUGGUACAAGGUGAUGGAGAUGAUGUACGUCCACCUUUACCUGUAAAAAGGGAAGUUCUUUACGACAAUGCGGUACUAUAUGGUCCUUCGGGGAUGGGAGGUUCAUCACGUGAACCUCGUCUAGUAGUUCCCUUCCGCAACUUUGAGGAGGAAAUGAAGCAUCCAGGAGUCUGGGAGGCAGAGAAACGUCCUACUUCUACAGCAGAUGCUGCUCAAGAAAAUCUAGCUUCUUUGUAUCGUCCUCCUUUUGCCUUGAUGUACCAUGGGUCUUUUGAGAAGGCGAAAGAUGCUGCUAGAGCGCAAAACAAGUGGCUCUUGGUGAAUAUGCAAUCCACACGAGAAUUCAGCUCACAUAUGCUUAACCGAGACACUUGGGCUAACGAAGCUGUUGCUCAGACUAUCAAAAGUAACUUCAUCUUCUGGCAGGUGUAUGAUGAUACUGAGGAAGGCAGCAAAGUUUGUACGUACUACAAGUUAGAUUCUAUGCCUGUUGUAUUGGUACUUGAUCCUAUAACCGGUCAAAAGAUGCGUUCUUGGCGUGGAAUGGUUCAGCCAGAGACUUUGCUAGAGGAUCUCAUAUCCUUCAUGGAUGCUAGCCCCUCAGAAUAUCAUGUUAAUCUAUCCCAUAAACGACCCAGAGAAACUCCUCAGGCACCUCGUCAACCUCAACCUCAGCUUCAGCCUCAAUAUGAAAUUGGAGAAGAGGAUGAAGAACUGCAACGAGCAUUGACAGCCUCUAUGGAAGGCAUAGAGGAUCCUAGUUCAGUUGCAUCCAAAGAGACUAAUGAAGCCAGUGAUGAUGUAGAAAAUGAGCAGCUUAUAAAAAACCCUGCUUAUCCUCCCCUACCUGAAGAACCAAAGGGUGACAGGAACCUCCUCUGCAGAGUUGCAAUUCGCUUUCCUGAUGGACGCAGGCUUCAAAGGAAUUUCUUAAAAACUGACUCAAUUAAGCUGCUAUGGUCCUUCUGUUCUACUCAGCUUGAGGAAGCUGAGUCAAGGCCCUUCAAAUUCACGCAAGCUAUUCCAGGCGCAUCAAAGUUUUUGGAGUACGAUAACAACAUAACCUUUGAGGAAUCGGGUCUUGCCAAUUCUAUUAUUUCAUUUACUUGGGAGUGAACGCGAUGAAUUAUAUACAGAUAUGUAAACCUGGCAUUUUAUUUAUGGCUACUCAGGAUGUCGAUGUAGGAGGGCUGGUUAUUCCUGCUGCUCUGGUGCUUUCUGCAUUAUCUACUUAUUUAAGAAAAGAAAAAAAAAAGAACCGAGAGUUUCUGUCUUUGCGGUUAUUUUGCUUUCAAAUAUAGUAUCUUGGCUUUGAAGUUGUAUAAGAUGCUAUUAAGGUUGUACAUUUUGCCAAACAUGUACAUAAUUAUGAUUAGUUUUUGGUG